AUGUUGUCUUUCUUUUUAUCGUUCUUCUUGCCCACUGUUUCCGCGGGUCCCAUCUCCCAUCGCUCCGCCGAUGUGGACUUUUAUAAUCCACUCUUGAGUGGUGGCUCAAUGCUUGACAAUUCUGCAGGACUUGGUGAGCCUCUCAAUGUCAUUAUAUCCGCCAAGAGCACGCCCUCCGUCCUGGACAUUAAUUCUCCCCUGGGUGCUAUCAACUAUUUCCGCGCCCUUGGCUUCUCAAUUGAAUGCUUCGGCCAACAUCUUGGAACACCACAGUCCGCCAACUUGGGUGAUGGUCGAGGAGAUGUCAACGAAACGGCUGUCAUCCGGCAGGAUUUCGAUAUCCCCAUCCUUGGUACAUGCAUAGAGAGUUUAACCGGUGGAAAUCAUUUCCGUGUUUUCCCUCAAACUGGCCCGGAUGCAGAUAGUGGCGCGCUGUUCCUCGCUGUCUCCAAAGAGGAGGACCUGAGUGAAAGUCAUAACAUCGUUCCCGAUGGAUACGACAUCGGCCGUGAUGAACUCGUUGCCGCUGCUGCUGGAGAACCCAGUUACUUGGGCCAGAAGUACGUGACGGAAGUGACCAACCUUACCGGACUGUUGCAGGCUGGAUCGGAAGGCAUUAAUCACGGUAUUGCUAUUGACGGCGUUGUCAAGAUGUUGACUGUAACAGCCACUAUCGACUUGACCUUCUUUGAAUGA